CGUGCCCUGGACCAGAUCGUCUGUGUUCUGCGGGUCAGCAUAGCCGGACGAGUGAGCUGGUGGAUAAGUGGAUCUUAUUGUUAAAGUUUAGAGUGUAAACGACACCCAGUAGGGGGCCGAAGCAAUCAUGCUGAAACUAGUCAAAUCAUGGAUUUGGCUGUCGAUGCUACUGGCAUCGCUCAAGUCCGCCUACACGGUGGACUACUGUGACUCGAGCAUCUGCCCGCCCGGGUCGUCCAACAUCGGGUGCGGCAACGACGGCAAGCUGGCCAAGGCCUGCCCCAGCAACGCCAAGGUGAUCGAGAUGACCGACGAGCUGAAGAAGCUGAUCGUGGACACGCACAACAAGUACCGUAACGAGGUCGCCACCGGCAAGGUCGGCCAUCUGCCCAAGGCUUCCGCCAUGCCAACGCUGACCUGGGACAACGAUCUGGCGGAGACGGCCCAGAUGAACUCGAACCGGUGCGUGCGAGGUCACGACGCGUGCCACAACACCGACGUGUACAAGAACUCGGGCCAGAACAUCAACUACAUCGCGACGAGCGCUGACUCCAUUGACCACAUGAAGGAGGUCCCGAACCUGAUCACCAGCUGGUACGACGAGCGGCACGACGUCAACAAGAACAUGGUCAACACGAUGUACGACCCCGGCAAGAGCAUCAUGGUGUUCCACUUUGCCGUGAUGGCCAGCGACAAGGUCAACAAGGUCGGCUGCGGGCUCACCCAGUGGAAGAACGAGGGCGAGUGGCUCCAGCUGUACCUGGUGUGCAACUACUCGUUCAACGACUUUGUCGGCAUCCCGAUCUACGUGUCCGGUAAGAAGCCCUGCUCGGGCUGUACCACCGGCUGUAACUCGGCCUUCCCGGGUCUGUGCAACGAGAGCGAACCGGUGCCGCAGAUGAUCGACUACCCGGCCGGAAAGUAAGCGGCACGGUACGAUUUGACCAACCAACCAACCAUCAUCGAAACAGAACAGCAUGUAUAGUACUGUAAGGCAAAGCAAAACAAACCCGGCAUGUUUGAGAAAACGACAUUGAACGGGCGCAAAAUGUCGAUAGCAAUAAACAACGGUGCUGGGAAA